AUGUCACAAUUGUUGUCUGCUAAUUACAUGCAAAGUCUGCCAGCCGAACUUGUGACGUUUUUAACCAGUAUGCAGUCACAGUUCAAGGCACUUAACGAACGUACAGCACAUUUGGAAUCUCUUGCUGCCGAAAAUGUCCAAUUGCAUGCUCAAUUAGCUAAUGUCCGGCAGGAGAAUGCCGAUCUCCGAUCUCAAUUGUUGCAAAACAAUGUGACUGGUCCUGUUCCCAGCUCUGCUUCUCUUCCUGCACCCCAACUGUUCUCUGACAAAACUGGUCCUGAUGGUUUUGAAUAUGUUUAUAUUCCUCGCUCACGUCGUAUUAUGCACAGUGAAGUGCACCGCUCUCUCCGCACUCUUAGUGUUGACACUGGUCGCCUGUUAGAUAUUAAUUUUCCUGCUUGUGGAGUCAUUGGAAUUCUUGUUUAUGUGCAGUAUCUUGAGGAAUUUAAGUCCCAAUUAGCUAGUGCUAAGGUCUCUCUUGUCAACAACUUUGAUCCACUUGAUCCUAAAAAUGUUGCUGAUCCCAAGUUUGCCAACUUGUCUGUCUCUGGUCUUGAAACCCAGGCUUUGGUUCUCCAAAAUGCCCGCUGUCUCCAAGCUCUCAAGUUUUUGCGUUCUCACUUGGUUCUGCCAGUUGCUCACUUCUUUGUCCA